AUUCUUCUUCUUUUUCUUCUUCUUCUUCAAUUCGCUUCCGUUGAAGCCAGAAAUCCUGAGAGGAUCGCGGCACAUCUAGUUUGUGUAAUCUGUAUAUUACAGAAAGCUGAGAUAUGGGAUGCUCUGCUUCUCUUCCCGAUAGGAAUUCUGGAGGAUUAAGUGGUCUUAACAGUUCAGAAAAUGCGCCUCCAACGGAUGCCAAAAAUCUGCGCGUCAAGUUAGUCCUCUUAGGAGAUUCUGGUGUCGGUAAAAGCUGUAUUGUCCUCCGGUUUGUUCGUGGUCAGUUUGAUGCCACAUCAAAGGUCACUGUUGGGGCUUCAUUUUUGUCCCAAACAAUAGCUUUGCAAGAUUCUACAACGGUUAAGUUUGAAAUAUGGGAUACAGCAGGGCAAGAGAGGUAUUCUGCACUAGCUCCGCUAUACUACCGUGGAGCUGGAGUUGCUGUUAUUGUUUAUGAUAUAACAAGUCCAGAUUCGUUCAAAAAAGCUCAGUACUGGGUUAAGGAACUGCAAAAGCAUGGAAGCCCAGACAUAGUUAUGGCUUUAGUUGGUAACAAGGCUGAUCUUCAUGAAAAGAGAGAAGUUUCUGCUGAGGAUGGGGUUGAGCUUGCGGAGAAAAAUGGCAUGUUCUUUAUCGAGACUUCAGCAAAGACUGCAGAUAACAUAAAUCAGCUUUUUGAGGAAAUCGGCAAGAGGCUUCCACGGUCUCCUCCAUCGUGACGAUCUAAUGACAUAAAUGUAGUCUUUUAAUGUAUAUUCCAUAUGUGAGUGUAUUUUCUUCUGCGUGUGCUCUCUAUUAUCAUCGUUAUUCUUCUUCACAUUAUAUGUGAAGACUUCGGCUUGGAGAAAAAGCUUUGUAAAACCCAUCAUUUUUAAUCUAAUAUUGCUGCCUAUUUGGUUAUGGA